AUGGGGAGCUGGGAGAGUGGGUGGAAACUGCCUGCUCUGACGUGUUUUUACCUGGGACAGUCCCAGGUUCUCUCAGGAUGUGCCAUCAUCGUCCGCGGGCAGCCACGAGGAGGGCCUCCCCCUGAGCGGCAAAUCAACCUCAGCAACAUCCGGGCCGGCAACCUCGCCCGCCGGGCCGCGGCUGGGCAGCCAGAAGCCAGGGACACCCCGGAUGAGCCCUGGGGCUUUCCAGCACGUGAGUUCCUGCGCAAGAAGCUCAUUGGGAAGGAGGUGUGCUUCACGGUGGAGUACAAGACCCCGCAGGGCCGGGAGUAUGGCAUGGUCUACCUGGGCAAAGACACAACUGGGGAGAACAUCGCCGAGUCGCUGGUGGCCGAAGGCCUGGCUUCCCGUAGGGAAGGAAUCCGAGCCAACAACCCUGAGCAGAGCAGGCUGGCAGAGCUAGAGGAGCAGGCCAAGAUUGCCAAGAAGGGCAUGUGGAGCGAGGGCACGGGCUCCCACACCCUCCGGGACCUCAAGUACACCAUCGAGAACCCCCGCCACUUCGUGGACUCCAUGCACCAGAAGCCUGUCAACGCCAUCAUCGAGCACGUGCGUGAUGGCAGUGUGGUCCGAGCCCUGCUGCUCCCAGAUUACUACCUGGUCACCGUCAUGCUCUCCGGGAUCAAGUGCCCCACCUUCAAGAGAGAGGCGGACGGCACCGAGACGCCGGAGCCGUUUGCGGCAGAAGCCAAGUUCUUCACAGAGUCACGGCUGCUGCAGAGAGACGUGCAGAUUGUCCUGGAGAGCUGUCACAACCAGAAUAUCCUGGGCACCAUCCUGCACCCGAACGGCAACAUCACGGAGCUGCUGCUGAAGGAGGGCUUUGCACGCUGCGUGGACUGGUCCAUCGCUGUUUACACCCGUGGGGCUGACAAGCUGCGCGCGGCUGAAAGAUACGCCAAGGAACGCAAGCUGCGCAUCUGGAGAGACUAUGUGGCUCCUACAGCAAAUCUGGACCAGAAGGACAAGCAGUUUGUGGCCAAGGUGAUGCAGGUGCUCAACGCGGACGCCAUCGUGGUGAAGCUGAACUCGGGAGACUACAAAACCAUCCACCUCUCCAGCAUCCGGCCCCCAAGACUGGAGGGCGAAAGCACUCAGGACAAGAACCGGAAGCUGCGGCCUCUGUACGACAUUCCCUACAUGUUCGAGGCCCGGGAGUUCCUGCGCAAGAAGCUUAUCGGGAAGAAGGUGAAUGUCACAGUGGACUACAUCCGGCCCGCCAGCAGUGCCACAGAGACUGUGCCCGCCUUCUCCGAGCGCACCUGUGCCACCGUGUCCAUCGGAGGCAUAAACAUCGCAGAAGCCCUCGUCAGCAAGGGCCUGGCCACCGUCAUCCGCUACCGGCAGGACGACGACCAGAGAUCCUCACACUACGACGAGCUGCUGGCCGCUGAGGCAAGGGCUAUUAAGAAUGGCAAGGGACUGCACAGCAAGAAGGAGGUGCCCAUUCACCGGGUGGCUGACAUCUCUGGGGACACCCAGAAGGCCAAGCAGUUCCUGCCCUUCCUGCAGCGGGCCGGGCGCUCCGAGGCAGUGGUGGAGUACGUCUUCAGCGGCUCACGUCUCAAGCUCUACAUGCCAAAGGAAACCUGCCUUAUCACCUUCCUGCUCGCAGGCAUCGAGUGCCCCCGCGGGGCCCGCAACCUGCCCGGCCUGGUGCACGAAGGGGAGCCUUUCAGUGAGGACGCCACACUCUUCACCAAGGAGCUGGUGCUGCAGCGGGAGGUGGAGGUGGAGGUGGAGAGCAUGGACAAGGCGGGCAACUUCAUCGGGUGGCUGCACGUGGACGGUGCCAACCUCUCCGUGUCGCUGGUGGAGCAGGCGCUCUCCAAGGUGCACUUCACUGCCGAGCGCAGCCCCUACUACAAGGCCCUGCUCAGCGCCGAGGAGGCCGCCAAGCAGCGCAAGGAGAAGGUGUGGUCACACUACGAGGAGGUGCCGGCGGAGGAGGCGGCACCGGUGCUGGAGGAGAAGGAGCGGGCAGCCAACUACAAGCCCGUCUUCGUCACCGAGAUCACUGACGACCUGCACUUCUACGUGCAGGAUGUGGAGACAGGGGCCCAGCUGGAGAAGCUGAUGGAGAACAUGCGGGCCGAGAUCGCCAGCCACCCGCCCCUGGAGGGCUCCUACGCCCCGCGCCGUGGGGACUACUGCAUCGCCAAGUUCGUGGACGGGGAGUGGUACCGGGCCCGGGUAGAAAAGGUGGAGUCUCCGGCCAAGGUGCACGUCUUCUACAUCGACUACGGCAAUAAGGAGACGCUGCCGGCCACACGCCUGGGUGCCCUGCCGCCCGCCUUCAGCACCCGCGUGCUGCCCGCGCAGGCCACUGAGUACGCCUUCGCCUUCGUCCAAGUGCCGCAGGACGUGAGUACCACCAGCUCCGGGUCAAGCGCCCCUCUGUCUGCCCGUCCAUCCACCACUGAGCUCAGCCAGCCG